CGCUGCAACACCAUAGUUAUUAUCCUAGCACCAAAGCAAACACUGCAGAGGUAUAAAAACUGCCCCGCGUGCUCUCUGCUUAUUUUGGAGGCUGCGAGAACUAUAAAGGAUGAAGGCUUCUCUUCUUGUCGUGCUUGUCAUUGCCCUGUGCACGGAGAGCGCUUUCUCCUUGACAUGUUUCUCAUGCAAAGAUGCAACUUCCAACAUACACUGUCUCAGUACAACCACGUGUGCUGACCAUGAGAAGUACUGUCUAACAACAUAUUCUACUAAGGGAUUCGGAGAUGACCGUCAGCAAAGUAUUACCAAGAGAUGUGCUGCAUUUUGCCCAACAAUUGACCUGAAUAUAGGGAUUGCAGGUGUUGCCACUAACUGCUGCCAGACCUCCUUGUGCAACAUCAGUGGGGCCAGCAGCGUGAAAACCAGUUACACCAUGAUAGCUGUGGGUGUCUUGGCCAGUCUUGCCUGCAUCCUCCGCCUGGGGUUCUAAAUGGGAUGGGGGGAAAGGAGCUACGUGGCCUUGCAUGCAAGAGUUCAGUAUCUCAUUUGUACAGAAGUUUCUGCCAGGGUGAAUGCCAUCCUGUCUUUUCAACCUGGUGUGUCACAUCCCAUCAGUAAAUAUUUUUACUCUUUCCAUGCUCUGAUGGCCAUGCACAAGAGCAUGACCCUACCUCAGAAUGGUGUUUGGAACACCGUGUAUGCUCUGUACCACUCAUAGAGUACCAUACAGGCACCAUCUCUCCUACUACACAACUUUGUAACUCCAUGCAUUUUUUCCCUUUAUUUUGGCCCUACCAUUCUCCUGUGCCAUUUUUCCCUUUAUACCAUUUUCUCCCGUUUGAUAUUAGAUUUGUUAAACAGUAUCCGGGGACAAUAAAGUAUUAUUUUAGUCUGUUGUGUGAGUGCGUGGUAUGGCACAUAGGGUGCAGCAGCUGGGUGCAUCCACGUUACCAGCAACAAAAGUGGAAACGUUAGUCUGCAAGUUGAAUGGAAAUAACACUGAAAUAUAUU